UGUAAAUAAUAUUGAUUAAAAAUCUUUUUUAAUAUAAGACUUUAAUAUAAGAUUUUUAUUAUAAGUAGUUAAAUCAUUCAUUAUGGAUUCAGAGAAAAAUGAAUUUUGUGAUUUAUCUGAAAUUAUUUUAAAUGAAAACACUGACAGUACUACACAAUUUCAUAAGACACUAAAACGACCAAAGCGUGUAUUACAUUUUUCGGAUGGUGAUUUAGAAGAAUAUUCUGAAGAUGAAACAGAUUCAAAAAGUGUAAAUAAAACACUGAACCAAAUAGAUCCAAAAACUCUAAAUUGGUUACCUUGGGCAUGGUAUCAAACUACUUCAAUUGGUAAUAAAUUAUUAGAUGGAUGUGAUUAUAUGGGCGAAUGGUUAGCUAAUUUUUUUGGUAUCACAGCACCUAAAUAUCAGUUUGAAAUCAAUGAAUUUUAUAGACUUCAAGCUCUUGAAAAUGAGAUGUUACAUAAACAAGAUUUAGAAAUGGGUGGAUGGAAUGAAAACAAUAAAAAUAAUCUUGUGAAUAAUAUACAAUAAAUUUAUAAUUUAUGUUUUAUAAUAUACUUUCAUUAAAUUAUUAAUUUUAUAUUAAUAAAGAAU